AUGGCGCGCGGCGGCGGCAACGGCGAGGUGGAGCUCUCGGUGGGGGUCGGCGGCGGAGGCGGCGGCGCCGCCGGCGGGGCGGACGCCCCCGCCGUGGACAUCAGCCUCGGCAGGCUCAUCCUCGCCGGCAUGGUCGCCGGCGGCGUGCAGUACGGAUGGGCGCUCCAGCUCUCCCUGCUCACCCCCUACGUCCAGACUCUGGGACUUUCGCAUGCUCUGACUUCAUUCAUGUGGCUCUGCGGCCCUAUUGCUGGAUUAGUGGUUCAACCAUGCGUUGGGCUCUACAGUGACAAGUGCACUUCUAGAUGGGGAAGACGCAGACCGUUUAUUCUGACAGGAUGUAUCCUCAUCUGCAUUGCUGUCGUAGUCGUCGGCUUCUCGGCUGACAUUGGAGCUGCUCUGGGUGACAGCAAGGAAGAGUGCAGUCUCUAUCAUGGGCCUCGUUGGCACGCUGCAAUUGUGUAUGUUCUUGGAUUCUGGCUCCUUGACUUCUCCAACAACACUGUGCAAGGUCCAGCGCGUGCUCUGAUGGCUGAUUUAUCAGCUCAACAUGGACCCAGUGCAGCAAAUUCAAUCUUCUGUUCUUGGAUGGCACUAGGAAAUAUCCUUGGAUACUCCUCUGGUUCCACAAAUAACUGGCACAAGUGGUUUCCGUUCCUCCGGACAAGGGCUUGCUGUGAAGCCUGCGCAAAUCUGAAAGGCGCAUUUCUGGUGGCGCUGUUCCUGGCCUUCUGUUUGGUGAUAACUGUGAUCUUCGCCAAGGAGAUACCGUACAAGGCGAUCGCGCCCCUCCCAACAAAGGCCAAUGGCCAGGUUGAAGUCGAGCCCACUGGGCCGCUCGCCGUGUUCAAAGGCUUCAAGAACUUGCCUCCUGGAAUGCCAUCAGUGCUCCUCGUCACUGGCCUCACCUGGCUGUCCUGGUUCCCCUUCAUCCUCUACGACACCGACUGGAUGGGUCGUGAGAUCUACCACGGUGACCCCAAGGGAACCCCCGACGAGGCCAACGCGUUCCAGGCAGGUGUCAGGGCCGGGGCGUUCGGCCUGCUACUCAACUCGGUCGUCCUGGGGUUCAGCUCCUUCCUGAUCGAGCCGCUGUGCAAGAGGCUAGGCCCGCGGGUGGUGUGGGUGUCGAGCAACUUCCUCGUCUGCCUCUCCAUGGCGGCCAUUUGCAUCAUAAGCUGGUGGGCUACUCAGGACAUGCAUGGGUACAUCCAGCACGCCAUCACCGCCAGCAAGGAGAUCAAGAUCGUCUCCCUCGCCCUCUUCGCCGCACCGCUGCAGAUUCUGUACAGUGUCCCUUUCGCGGUGACGGCGCAGCUGGCGGCGAACAGAGGCGGUGGCCAAGGUGUGUGCGGGCGUGCUGAACAUCGCCAUCGUGAUACCCCAGGUGAUCAUCGCGGUGGGGGCGGGGCCGUGGGACGAGCUGUUCGGCAAGGGCAACAUCCCGGCGUUCGGCAUGGCGUCCGCCUUCGCGCUCAUCGGCGGCAUCGUCGGCAUAUUCCUGCUGCCCAAGAUCUCCAGGCGCCAGUUCCGGGCCGUCAGCGGCGGCGGUCACUGACCGCGCCGCGCGUCGGUCGGCCUGAGCAUGGCCAAGGCCGGAGGUCCCAGCCCAGCCCGUCAUUUACCAAAUUUUCGCAUAGGCGUAACUAG